GUAACAGUCGCUGCCUUGACAGUGGCGUUCUGGCUUCGGUACGUUCUCCAGCAGCAGCAAGUCAAAGCACCGGGCAGCCAGUGUUUGGGUUUUGUGGACUACAGGGACUUUGGGAACCGUUUUCUCCGCCGCGGUGCGUCCAGCCUGUUCAGGAAGAGUCAGCAUGUCCAGCGAGGUGCAGCCGAGGCCUGACGACAGUCCCAACACCAGCGGGGGAAGUUCGGACACCGAGCAGAGGGAGGCAGCACCUCCGGAGCAGCCUGGCCCCGAGCAGCGUGACCAGACCCAGCCCAAAAAGAAGGAGGCCAAAAUCUCAAGCAAGACCGCUGCCAAGCUCUCCACCAGCGCCAAGAGGAUCCAGAAGGAGCUGGCAGAGAUCACCUUGGACCCGCCUCCGAACUGCAGUGCCGGACCUAAAGGGGACAACAUAUAUGAGUGGAGGUCGACCAUCCUGGGCCCCCCGGGGUCCGUGUACGAGGGAGGAGUGUUUUUCCUGGAUAUCGCCUUCACACCAGACUACCCCUUCAAACCGCCCAAGGUAACGUUUCGUACGAGGAUCUACCACUGCAACAUCAACAGUCAGGGGGUGAUCUGUUUGGACAUCCUGAAGGACAACUGGAGUCCCGCCCUCACCAUCUCAAAGGUUCUCCUGUCCAUCUGCUCCCUGCUCACCGACUGCAACCCUGCGGACCCUUUGGUGGGAAGCAUCGCCACACAGUACCUGACCAACAGAGCCGAACACGACAGGAUAGCCAAACAGUGGACCAAACGCUACGCUACAUAAACCAGCACUGGUUUCUCACACACACACACACACACACACACACACACACACACACACACACACACACACACACACACACACACACUUUCUCCUCUGGAAUCUAUGGAAGCACACACGUCCCCGUCGCCCAGACCUGAGAUGUGAACUGUUAUUUGUUCCAUGCUGACUUGAAAAGCUUCUUUUUAUACAGAGUCUAUUGGGAUUGUAUUUUCCAAUUCACUGAAUGUUGAUAUGGUCAUAAAAAGCUUUAAUACUGUUCUUGUUCUUGUUGAUGUUACUGUUCUUAAUGCAUUGUUUAUAACAUUAUCUAAGUGUGUAAUAUUCAUGUUUCAUGUGGCGUAAAAAUGUUCAGACUGAGUGAGUGUGAUUGCCCCCCCUCAGCUGAUGGUGUAUAUUAGUGCAUGGCACCAGGGUUUAUGUUCCAGCUGUGUUUUCAUGCUGUUGUUUCUGUCCCAGCGGACUUGUGGCAUGGAGUGAGCCUAUCAUCAUGUGUAACAGUGGAUAGUUUGCUGUACAUAUAAUGCCUUGUGAGACCGCAUAACUCAAAUAAACACUGGUUGUAAUGUGA